AUGGCGAUAUUACCUCCAGGACUACAACCAGUAAAUGCAUCAACACCUCCUCCAACUUCUUCUUCUUCUUCGAAUAUAGAGAAUGAUUCAGUUGAUGAAAUAGAUAAAUAUGGGUUGAAAGGACUUAUUCCUCUAGUUAAGAUGGAUCAAAAUGAUCAAACGAAAUUUGCAAUGGGUCAAGAUGUUAAUUUAUUAGGUCUCGACUUAUCAAAAGAUAACUCCAUUUUAAAAAAUUUAUCAAGUCCUUGGAUUGAAACAUCUAGAUCAGACGUGGAACCUUACUUUAACUUACCCCAAGAAAUAAAUCAAAUCAUACCUGCUCCGGAGCCUUGUGAUACGAAAAUACAAAGUUUUUCUGAUGAAACCCUAUUUUAUAUAUUUUAUAUGAAACCAAGAGAUACUUUACAAGAAUAUGCUGCUAGGGAAUUGGUUACAAGGAAUUGGAGAUAUCAUAAAGAUAUUCAAGUUUGGUUGACUAAAGACUCAAACGUUGAACCAAUACUUAUAAGUCCAGAUGUCGAAAAAGGAGUUUAUAUAUUCUUUGAUCCUCAUAAUUGGGAAAAGAUUAAAAAAGAAUUUGUACUUCAUUAUUCUUCAGUUCAAGCAUAG